GGAAAGGUGAUGGUCACAGUUUUUUGGGAUGCACGCGGUAUAAUUCAUAUCGAUUACCUUCCGUCGAAGCAAACGAAUGGUGAUUACUACGUAGCCUUAUUGAACCGUUUCAACAACAUUUUAAAGAAAAAACGUCCCCAUUUGGCGAAGAAGAAUGUGCUCUUCCAUCAAGACAAUGCACGGGUUCGCACGUGUUCGGCACCGAUAGCCAAAUUCAACGAAUUCCGCUACGAAUUGCUUCCCCAUCCAGUAUAUUCGCCAGAUUUAGCCCCCUGCGACUAUUUCCUGUUUCCAAACCUGAAGAAAUGGUUCGGAGGAAAGAGAUUCAUCACCAGAGAGCAGUUCAUCGCUGAAACAGAGGCUUAUUUUGAAGGAUUGAAUAAAUCAUAUUAUUUGGACGGCUUGAAAAAGUUGGAGAAUCGUUGGAUCGAGCUGAAAGGAGACUAUGUUGAGAAAUAA